UACACCAAAUAACUUUCUGCAGCAAAGUUGGCAAAAAUUGCUGGUCUUUGUUAAGAUCAAAUUGAAGGCUCAUCUUCUAUUAUCAAUUUAGAGGGUCCCCAAGUUUGAAACCAAUCAAAAUCCAAAACCACCACAUGUUUGACAAGUGGCUUUGAUUUUGAUGAUCUUAGGCUUUUUUCUUCUUCCACUUGCUUAUAUAUGUGACCUGAUAUUUUGAGACUGCUCUAAUAAGUGAGUUUAAGACUUUUUUGCAUGAAGAAAACAAAACACACUCUAUUUCUUUUGCAAGUCUUAAUAUCUUGAGUGCUUCUUUUCCUUAACAUAUAUUGGGUUUGAGUGGGAGGUCAGUUUUGGAUUGCAAUUCCUUAAAACCCAGCUAUGCAGGAAAUACUUUCUUCCACUUCUUCCUCACAAAAAGCUUCACACAAUGAUGAACUCUUCAUGAAGCAACGUAUGCUCUUCUCAGAGAAUCUGAAUGAAUUGAAGAAUCUGAGGAAACAGUUGUACUCAGCAGCCGAAUAUUUCGAAAUAUCUUACAGCAAAGAGGACCAGAAGCAAUUUGUGGUGGAGACCUUAAAAGAUUAUGUCAUCAAAGCAGUUACCAAUACAGUGGACCACUUAGGUUCAGUGGCAUAUAAAAUCAAUGGAUUUAUGGACGAAAAAGGUAGUGAAGUUUCAGAAACUGAGCUUAGGCUCUCUUGCCUUGAACAGCGACUGAGGACAUGCCGAGACUUCAGUAAUCAAGGAGGCUUAUUCCAACAUUCAUUUGCCAUAAACUUCCCUAAGCACCACAAGCGAUACAUCUUGCAAGGUGGAUCAGCAACUGCUCAUACUGUUGUUGGUCAUUCUGCAUUAAAUUAUAAUCACAAUGCUCAAGGGGGUUUUUCUGGGACUAAUACUGCUACAACUAGGGAGACCUCUCCAACAGUUGUGAGUGAUGAGUAUUCAUUAAAGCAUUCUCCACAAUCAUCACCUGGAGCAUUUCAGUUCACAAGGAUAGGAUCCAAGAACGAGAAACGAAGUGUCUCACCACUUAGGUUUCCAAUACCACGGUGUGGCUCUGUUGUCAAGAGAUCAACCACUAUGAACUCUUCUUCUAGUGCCAAACUGCGGUACCCAUCGGAGCCUCGGACUAGGAGAUCAGCUUCAUUAUCCCUUCACAAUGAAAGAGACGGUACUAAAGACAGUGAAGUAGACUCAAGCAAAAACAGAAGAUUUUAUAAAGCCUUAUUGAGCAUGGGCAAGACUAGAAAUGAAACUGCAUUUUACAAGUAUUUGGACAAGAAUUGAAACGACACACAGCAGUCUUCUCCUUUCUACUAGUCUCAUCCAUGCUAGCAAGUUUAAAUAAUUGAUCAUCUGUGGUUGCUUCACGCUGCGUUUUUAAUUCUGAUUUUCGAUGUUUUAAAAGAAGUGGCCAUUGUUCAUCAUUG